UUAAAAUUUGUCUAAAAAGCGCAGAUAGUCUUACAAGGAAAGCUGUUAUUUUCCUCCACUUCUCUGCUCUUCAAAAAGCUCUGUUUAUAGUUUUUUAGAAAGAAAUGAGAGUUCUCUAAUGGCGGACUUGGCGUUGUAUUAGCUACUGUUCAAGUGUUCAUUGUGAGUUUUCUUCUUUUUUGAAUCGAUUUGUUCAUCGAGUCCAAGGAAGAAGAAAGAGUUUUGAAGAUGCUGGACGGGAUUCUAGGUCGAGGUUUCGCCUCCAAAUGUAAGUCGUUGAUUAAAAUGACUAAGAGUCGGAUCGAGGUUAUACGGAGAAAGAGGAACGCUACUUUGAAGUUUCUGAAGAAAGAUAUUGCUGAUCUGCUUGCUAAUGGCCUCGAUAUUAAUGCUUAUGGCAGAGCCGAAGGUCUCCUAGCUGAAUUGGCCCUAUCAUUUUGCUAUGACUUUGUUGAGAAAUCUUGUGAUUUUGUGUUGAAGCAUCUUUCGGUCAUGCAAAGGAUGAGGCACUGCCCUGAGGAUUGUAGGGAGGCUGUGUCAUCUAUAAUGUUUGCAGCUGCAAGGUUUUCCGAUUUGCCAGAGUUACGUGACCUGAGGGAUAUGUUUUAUGGGAGAUAUGGGAACUCUGUGGAACUGUUUGCUAGCCAAGAGUUUGUUGAGAAUUUAUCUUCAAAGCCAUCUACAGCCGAGAAAAAAGUUCAGCUAAUGCAUGAUAUAGCUUCAGAAUUCUGCAUAAAGUGGGACUCCAGGUCUUGUGAACAGAGGGUAUUUAAACCCUCUGCACCUCCACAGGAGCAACCUAAAAUUUAUGGGUCUCCAAAUGUCCAUGAUGAUAAAUACAAGCCAAUCAAUGGGAAGAGCACUAUCCCAAAAGAUAAAAACGAUUUAUUGCUCAAAGAAAGGCUUGAGCAUGACAAUGAUGAGCACCAAUUGAUUAAUGAAAAGGAAAGCAAUGCCUUGAGAAGAAAUGAGCGUAACCCUCAGCCCAGACACGAAGUCCCCAGCAAUGGAUACAAGAUGCCCAAUGUCAGAGAGGAACAUAUGUGGAAAAGGGAAACCUAUGAUAGCUUGUUCCAAGGAAAGAAAGAAGUUUCUGUGGAGAAGUAUGAACCCUUGAAGGAGGAUGCUUCACUGAAAACGGUUAGAUUAGGCAGUUCUUCUCAGAGGAAAAGACCAGAAAGUUCUGAUGGUGGAUCCAAGUUGCAUGAAGGUGGGGAGAAUACUGUACCUAAGAGAGAUGUCCAGGACCUUGAGAAUUUAUCUCAUGGAAGGCCAGAUAUUCUGCCUAAUUAUGCAGGAUCAUUGUCAAAGGGUGAUGCUAGAGAUUCAGUGGCUGGUAAUCAUCACACUGGCCAAUAUAAUGCUUCAAAGUCAGCAAAAGAUGUUCAGGAGGAAGCACCUAAGUCGAAUCCAUACUAUAAUAAUGCAAUCCCUCCUUACACUAAACCUAAUGCUAAACUGAAAGAUGGAAAAUAUGAAGGCAGUUUAGGAUCUUCCUUUACUGGCUCUGAUGGUAAUGUUGUCCCCAAAGAUUCUGCAAGGGACAAUGCCGGUAAUAGAACUGAGAAAAUCCUACAAGAAGCAUAUCAUCCUGACCGUGAGAGGCAAAGUGUUGGACAUGCAAGAGCAAGUGGUAACAUGCAUGAGAGUGAUAAUAAGCUGCAGGAUGAAGGAAUUAUUACUAACACAAUUCCAAAACCAAGAUCCUCAAGGAGGAGGCACUCAAAAGCACACACUAACCAUGAUAAUGUCAGCAAUUUGGAAGAGAUAGGAGCUGUCAGGAGGAGAUCAAGGAGCAGGAGAAGAGAUCACUCCAGACAGGGCCUGCAAAUAUUGUUUGAUGAUGAGCAGUAUCAGAAUGAUGAAGAGGAAAGAAUGAUAGAUAAACUGUUGAUUCAUUACAGUAAAAAACCAUCAGCUUAUGAACCUGGAAAGGGCAGAAGGAAGCCCAGAAGUCAUCAUAAUCAUCAAGAAACCGAGGGUAAAUCUCCACAGCAUGGUAACGAAGAUAGGCCUGAUGAAAGCUCACAUAUUCUUCCACCACCUCGAUCAAUUUCCCUCCCUCGUGAGCAAACAGCUCCUUCAGAUGCAACCAAAGUGUUUACUCGUGCUGCUUCCUUCCAGCCAGACAGGUCAGUUCCAGCCAAGCACGUGCAUCCCAAGUUACCCGAUUAUGAUGACUUAGCCGCUCGAUUUGCAGCCUUGAGAGGGACAUAACCAUUUUACAGUUUCAUGUUAUCUUCAUUCACCUCAAGUGAUUCCCAUUCAAUUUCAUGAAUGGACAAUGGCUGAAGCAGUUGCAGCAUUCUGGCCUUGGACCAUUUGCAAUUCCACAUAAAUCAAAAGCAUAGCCCAUUUCUUGGAUUGUUGUUGGCAUUACACAUAUAAGCAUAUAUUAGCAAUCAAUGGCUUUAGCAUUAUAGCUUGUACUUCUAAUAUCAAUGCAAUUUCCGAUCUCUAGGCUGUAAAAAAAGAAAAAAAAAUGUAAUAUGCAUGCUGCUUCAUAGGAUAAAGAUAUCGAUUGAAUUUUGUGACACAAGUUGAGCUAAGAAUUAAGAUUGCUCA